AUGGUGCGGUUUGGGCAGGUCGUGGUGGGGCCGCCAGGCUCCGGCAAGACCACGUACUGCCUCGGCAUGUGCCAGUAUAUGAAGGCGAUCGGCAGGGACACGGCGGUGAUCAAUCUUGACCCAGCCAACCACGGCGAGGGGUUGCCGUACGCUGCAGCCGUGGACAUCCAAGAGCUGGUGUCUGUGGAGGGGGUCAUGGAAGAGUUCAACCUGGGCCCCAACGGCGCCAUGCUGUACUGCCUGGAGUACCUGGAGAAGAACGUGGACUGGCUAAUGGAGAAGCUCGACGGCCUCACCCAGAAGCACCUCAUCUUCGACUUCCCAGGACAGGUGGAGCUUUUCACGCACUGUUUCUGUGUGCAGAACCUUGUGCAGCGGCUCCAGAAGGAUGACGUCAGGCUGGCCGCGGUACACCUUGUCGACGCGUACCACUGCGGGAACCCGUCUCUGUUCAUCUCUGCGGCGUUGCUUUCGCUCAUGGUCAUGCUGAGGCUUGAGCUGCCUCAUGUCAACGUGCUCUCCAAGAAAGAGACGGCGAGAAGAGAUAGCCGUUGUACGGUUUGA